AUGAAAGCGAGGAUUCAAUCUGUCGUCGAGAAUGGGAGCAUUCUCUUUCAGCAAAAUAGCAAGAUAACCCAGUUUGGCAAAACGGGUAGGGUCGAAGAAGCCUGUAAAUUGUUCAACGAAAUGACUCAUCGGAACACUGUGACAUUCAACUCGAUGAUAUCUGUCUACGCGAAAAAUAGAAGAGUUAAAGAUGCAUUAAACCUAUUCGAUAAAAUGCCUCGCCGCAAUCUUGUUUCUUGGAACACGAUGAUUGCGGGUUGUUUGCACAAUGACAGAGUCGAAAAGGCACGUCAGCUGUUUGAUCAAAUGCCUCAAAGAGACGUUUUCACCUGGACUCUGAUGAUCACUUGCUAUACUCGGAACGGGGAGCUUGAAAAGGCUAGAAAUUUAUUUAAUUCAAUGCCUGAUAAGACGAACCCAGCUUGUUGGAAUGCUAUGAUUUCAGGCUAUGUAAAUCAUAGAAAACUUAAGGAAGCUAGACAACUGUUCGAUGAAAUGCCUGUGAAAGAUUUAGUCUCUUGGAAUUCAAUGCUUGGAGGUUAUACCCAAAUUGGAGAAAUGAGUAUAGCUUCAAAGUUCUUCGAGGAAAUCCCAGUCAAAGAUGUAGUUUCCUGGAACUUAAUGGUCGAUGGGUUUUCUCAAAUUGGUGAUUUCGAUUCUGCUUGGAGUUUCUUCAAGAGUACCCCGAAUCCAAAUAUCAUUUCUUGGGUCACAAUCUUAUCUGGGCUUGGUAGAAACGGUCAAAUCAUGGAUGCCAGGAAACUGUUCGAUGAAAUGCCAGUUAAGAAUACAGUCUCAUGGAACGCCAUGAUAGCAGCUUACGUCCAAAACUCCCAAAUCCAUGAAGCUUUAACCCUAUUCAACCAAAUGCCAGAAAAAAACGCAGUCUCGUGGACCACCAUGAUCAAUGGAUAUGUACGUAUUGGUAACCUAGACCAAGGCCGCCAACUGCUCGAUCAAAUGCCUUACAAAAACACCGGAGCUCAAACUGCAAUGAUCUCAGGAUUCGCCCAAAACAAUAGAAUCACCGAGGCCCGUGAUAUCUUCAAUCAAGUACACAAUCGAGACACUGUUUGUUGGAACACGAUGAUUGUGGGUUAUGUUCAAAACGGAAUCAUGGAGGAAGCACUCGAUCUUUUCAAAAAGAUGGUGAAAAAAGACGUGGUUUCUUGGAACACCAUGAUCGCAGGUUAUGGUCAAGUUAAUCAAAUGGAUAAAGCCCUUGCGUUCUUCAACAAAACAGAACAAAAGAACAUAGUCACUUGGAAUUCCUUAAUUUCGGGUUUUACCCAUAACGGGUUUUACAUUGAUGCAUUCAAGUAUUUUGGAUUAAUGUUACAAAAUGGUUAUAAACCAGAUGAAUCUACAUAUGCUUCAACUUUAAGCUCAUCCGCAAAUUUAGCAUCUUUACAAUUGGGGACACAAGUUCAUCAGAUAGUUUUGAAGACAGGUUAUGAAGAAGACAUAUAUGUGACAAACUCUUUGAUUACUAUGUACGCAAAAUGUGGUCACAUGUCAAGGGCAAAACGGGUAUUUUGUUAUACCACACGGACAGAUGUCGUCUCGUGGAAUUCUUUAAUCGAUGGGUAUGCUUUGAAUGGAUAUGGGAAAGAGGCAGUGAAGGUAAUGGAGGCUAUGGAGGUCGCCGGAGUUAUCCCGGAUGAGGUCACGUUCAUUGGUGUUUUAUCUGCGUGUGGCCAUGGUGGUUUGGUGGAUGAAGGGUUUAGGGUUUUUGAAUCGAUGGUUAAAAAAUACUCGAUUGAUCCAUUGCCGGAGCAUUAUGGUUGUAUGGUGGACUUGCUUGGAAGAGCAGGGAGGCCGGAAACCGCCUUACGGAUGGUGGAGGAGAUGAAAAUGGGUGGUAACGCGGGGGUGUGGGGUGCUUUGCUUGAUGGUUGUCGUGUGGGGGGUGAUUUUAAGGUGGCCGAAGUUAUGGCGGAGAAGCUGGCGGAGAUUGAACCGGAGAAGGCUUCGGGUUCUGUGAUGUUGUCGAAUGUGAAUGCGGCGGCAGGGCGGUGGGAGGUGGUGGAGAGAGUGAGGGAGAAGUUGAAAGAGAGAAGAGGAUUGAAGCAACCGGGGUGUAGUUGGAUUGAGGUUAGAAAUCAAGUUCAUGUCUUUGUGUCUGGUGAGGGGUUGAAGGGAGAAAAUAGUAAUUUUGGUGGUGACUUGAAGGCACUAUUGGCUCAUGUUAAUGACACAAAUGAAACUUUUUUUGAUGCUACAUAA